GAGCAUGCGUGAGGCAACUGAGCUGCCAUUCCUCCCCGCCCCGCAGUCAUGGCGGCGGAGCAAGAGGCCUUGAAGGGCGGCGGGGCCGCCGGCGGCAGCAACAGCACGAACAGCAGCAGCAGCAGCGUCCGGAACCGAGGCGGCGUCCAGCGCGUCGAAGGGAAACUCCGCGCCAGUGUGGAGAAGGGGGACUACUAUGAGGCGCACCAGAUGUACAGGACGCUCUUCUUCAGGUACAUGUCACAAGGGAAACAUGCGGAAGCAAGAGAACUCAUGUAUUCAGGGGCCCUGUUGUUCUUCAGUCACAAUCAACAAAACAGCGCUGCCGAUCUGUCCAUGCUAGUUCUAGAAUCUCUGGAGAAAUCAGAUGCAAAAGUUACAGAUGAGCUCAUAGAGAACCUGGCUAAGGUUUUCAGCCUGAUGGAUCCAAAUUCACCUGAAAGAGUAGCCUUUGUGUCCAGGGCAUUGAAGUGGUCCAGUGGUGGAUCCGGAAAACUUGGACAUCCAAAAUUACACCAGUUGCUAGCCAUCACAUUGUGGAAAGAGCAAAACUACUGUGAAUCUCGGUAUCACUUCUUGCACUCUACAGACGGUGAAGGCUGUGCAAACAUGCUGGUGGAAUAUUCUUCAUCCAGGGGAUAUCGCAGUGAAGUGGACAUGUUUGUAGCUCAAGCAGUGUUACAAUUCCUCUGCUUGAAAAACAAAACCAGUGCAUUAGUGGUUUUUACAACAUACACACAGAAGCACCCUUCCAUAGAAAGGGGCCCUCCCUUUGUACAACCGUUGCUCAACUUCAUUUGGUUUCUGCUGCUGGCAGUUGAUGGAGGAAAGUUAACAGUAUUUACAGUAUUGUGCGAACAGUACCAACCUUCAUUGAAGAGGGACCCCAUGUAUAAUGAAUAUCUAGACAGAAUAGGACAGCUCUUCUUUGGUGUCCCACCCAAACAAACCUCAUCCUAUGGAGGACUACUAGGCAAUCUUUUAAACAGCCUGAUGGUAGCUGGAGAGGAGGAGGAUGCAGAAGAUGGGCAAGAAGACAGCAGUCCCAUUGAGCUGGAUUGACCUCUUCCAUAGCCGCUUGGAAUCUGACCAUAUGCUCAUUCAGACAAACAAACAAAUGAAAAAGACAUUUUUUGAGAACAAGUCCUGCGAUCCUUUCCCCACAGGUCAAAGGGCUCCUCUGUUCUGUUUAAAAGAAGGUUGCUGAGAUGUUCAUAAUGUUUUGGUCUAUAUUGUUUAUGUAAAAAGCAAUGGGGUAGCCAAGAGAACUGAUUUGGUCUGAUCUUUAGUGGACCUCUGGCAAUGCUGGCUGGUGACGGACUGAGAUGGAACCUUCUCUGUGAUUCCAUGAGCAGUAUUCCCUCUUCUCACAAUCACACUAAAUAAAGCUGAAACAUGCAUAUGUUGCGUUCUAUUUAAACUACAUUUUUUUUGUUUCAGCAGACUAAUGAAUUUAAGUGCUUAAUUGUCACGUAGGGUUAUCAUGAAAAGUGGGACUGUAAUGGAUUAAGAGGAUGAUCCCUAGAUCCAGUGCCAAAAAAGCGUUCCGAGAUGAGCCAAAGAAGAUGAAAUACAAAUUGAGAACCUAUGGAAGAAACACCAAAUUAAUUUCCAUUGUAGAAAAUGAUAUAUUUGGGGAAGCCAGAAAAUAGUGUGUGUGUGUGUGUGUGCUCCGGACUGGCUCCAUGGUCUUUGUCCACUGCAAAAAAAUGUAACACCAGUGAAUCACUUGAUGGAUCACAGUGGAUCCCUUGAAACACGGAAGGCUUAGUCAAAGUAGAAUGCCACUUAAUCCAGUAAUACUGUAUGUAUAUGUACUGUGGGUAAAAAUACCUCUUAUUAUCUGGGAGAUGAUAUAAUUCUGUGACUGUUCAGCAAUCUUGUUGUGACCCAGCCAAAACAAAUUACAUAUUCGACAGAGAAACAUAGCAUGCAAAUAUUUGAAACAGGGUGAUCCUUAAAAGAAGAGGAUGCUGCAGACCCUUUGGUUCUUUCUCAUUUGAUAUUUAUUUUUAUGGGAUGAUUUAUUGAUUCAUUUUAACACUUUAUGUAAAGAAGAAGAAGAACAAAAUGACAAAUAACUGCAAACUACAUGCUAGGCUUAAUAUAAUUCUACAUCUUGUCUCCAUUAAUGCACAAUGCCAGAUGUUAGCCGUCUGAUUAAAAGAUGAAAUGGGAGAAACACUUUAUUUUUUCACAUUUUAAAAUAAAAGGCUUAGAUUAAUACAGUGAUCAUGCAUGAGAGGGGAUAAUACAUUUUAUUUACUGUAAAAAAAAAUUAAAAGGAUGAAUUUGUGUUUAAUUGUUGAGUAUUAAAUAAAUACUUUAUACUGGGA